CUUCAGUGGAUCCAAUGAGAUGACGCCGCGUUCCGGGCCCGACUGUGGAGAGCAAGCCGGUGGUAAGGGGAAAUAAAAAAACUAACAAGUCUGCCUACAAAAGGGCCACAAAUUAAUGAAACCCGAGGCACAGCGAAAGCUUUUAGCCACCCGGAAACACGCCCUCUGCUGAUAACCUCCUCUAUUUCAUUUGUGCUCGGCUGGACAAGGAAAGGCCGUCAUGGGGAGGAAGCUGGCGUUGAGCGCUCUCUUCUGCCUUGUUCUGGCAAUGUUGCCUUCUCACACAGCCUCUGUAGCCGUCAUGUCAGUAGACUUGGGCAGUGAGUGGAUGAAAAUAGCAAUAGUGAAACCUGGUGUGCCAAUGGAGAUCGUUCUCAAUAAGGAGUCGAGGAGGAAAACGGCCACAGCUGUAUGUCUAAAGGACAGCGAGCGUCUUUUCGGAGACAGCGCGUUAGGAGUGUCUGUGAAGAACCCCAAGGUUGUCUACAGGCACCUCCAGGGCCUCCUGGGCAAGAAGCAUGACAACCCCCAGGUGGCGCUUUACCAGAAACGCUUCCCAGAGCACCAGCUGCUGGAGGACCCGGUCAGAGGCACAGUGUACUUUAAAAACUCUGAAGAGCAGCAGUACAGCCCCGAGGAGCUCCUUGGCAUGGUCUUGAAUUAUUCCCGUGGAUUGGCUCAGGACUUUGCAGAACAAACAAUCAAAGAUGCAGUGAUCACCGUUCCAGCCUUUUUCAACCAGGCAGAGCGCAGGGCCGUCCUGCAGGCCGCUCAGAUGGCCGGCCUGAAGGUCCUUCAGCUCAUCAACGACAACACAGCCGUGGCCUUGAACUACGGCGUUUUCAGGAGGAAAGACAUCGACAACACAGCUAAGAACGUGAUGUUUUACGAUAUGGGCUCUGGCAGCACGACAGCAACCAUCGUCACUUACCAGACGGUCAAAACCAAGGAGACGGGCACUCAGCCACAGCUGCAGAUCCGCGGUGUCGGGUUUGACCGGGGGCUUGGCGGCUUUGAGAUGGACCUGCGCCUGCGGGAUCACUUAGCCAAGUUGUUCAACGAGCAGAAGAAGAGCAAGAAAGACGUGAGGGAGAAUCACCGGGCCAUGGCCAAGCUCCUCAAAGAGGCUCAGAGGCUCAAGACGGUGCUUAGUGCGAACGUCGACUUCAUGGCCCAGGUAGAAGGUCUGAUGGACGACAUCGACUUCAAAGCCAAGGUGACCAGGGCUGAAUUUGAAACCCUGUGCGCGGAUCUUUUUGAGAGAGUGCCCCGCCCCGUGCAGGAUGCCCUCACUUCAGCCGAAAUGGCGCUGGACGACAUCGAGCAGGUGAUUCUAGUAGGCGGCUCCACUCGGGUCCCCAAGGUGCAGGAAGUGCUGCUCAAAGCUGUGGGAAAAGAGGAGCUGGGGAAGAACAUCAAUGCAGAUGAAGCAGCAGCCAUGGGCGCUGUGUACCAGGCUGCUGCCCUCAGCAAGGCCUUUAAAGUCAAACCCUUCCUGGUCCGAGACGCCGCCGUCUUCCCCAUUCAGGUGGAGUUCACCCGUGAGACAGAGGAGGAGGGGGCCAAAAGCCUGAAACACAACAAGCGCAUCCUCUUCCACAGGAUGGCUCCCUACCCCCAACGCAAGGUCAUCACCUUCAACCGCUACACCGACGAUUUUGAUUUUGACAUCAACUACGGCGACCUCAGCUUCCUUGGACAAGAGGACCUCAGUGUGUUCGGCUCCCUGAACCUGACCACGGUCAGGCUGUCCGGGGUGGGCAACAGUUUUCAGAAGCACACAGACGCCGAAUCAAAGGGGAUCAAGGCUCAUUUCAACAUGGAUGAGAGCGGUGUGCUCCUGCUGGAUCGGGUGGAGUCUGUGUUUGAAACCAUUGUGGAGGAGAAGGAAGAGGAAUCAACAUUAACAAAGCUGGGAAACACAAUUUCUACUUUGUUUGGGGGAGGAUCCUCAGAACCAACACCAAAUGUGACUGAACCAGUCCAGGAUGAGGAAGAGGUGCCUCCAGAGUCUGGAAAGGACACGGCGGAGGAGGCACAGAAAGAAGAGACUCCUCAGGAAGAGAAGUCAGAGAAUGGAGAGAAAACCACAAAUGAAGAGUCGACCCAGGAGAAGACAGAGGAUGCCGGUGGCAAGACUGAUGCAAAGGACGAGAAGGAGGGGGAGAAAUCUGAAAAUGCAGAAGUGGAGAAAGAGGUGGAGAAGAAGGCAAAACCUCAGAAGAAGUCCAAGAUCUCCGAGGACAUCGGCGUCGAACUCGUCAUCAACGACAUUGUUGACCCCUCCGUAGAAGACAUCACUUCCUCCAAAAAGAAGCUGCAGGACCUCACAGACAGAGACCUGGAGAAGCAGGAAAGGGAAAAGACACUCAACAGUCUUGAGGCCUUUAUCUUUGAGACACAGGACAAACUGUACCAGGAGGAGUACCAGCUGGUGGUAUCAGAGGAAGAGAACGAGCAGAUCUCAACUAAGCUGAGCGAGGCAUCGGCUUGGAUGGACGAGGACGGCUACUCCGCCACCACCAAGGAGCUGAGAGAGAAGCUGGUGGAGCUGAAGAGCCUGUGCAAGGCCAUGUUCUUCAGGGUGGAGGAGCGCCGUAAAUGGCCCGACCGUCUGGCCGCCCUGGACAGCAUGCUCAACACCUCCAGCUUCUUCCUCAAGAGUGCCAGACUGAUUCCAGAGGAAGACCAAAUCUUCACAGAUGUGGAGCUGAAGACGUUAGAGAAAGUGAUCAAUGAGACAACGACAUGGAAGAACGACACUGUAGCAGAGCAGGACAAACGCUCAGCAAAGGAGCGGCCGAUCCUGCUGUCCAAAGAUAUCGAGUCCAAGCUAGCUCUGCUGGAUCGUGAGGUCAACUAUCUGCUCAACAAGGCCAAGUUCGCCAAGCCCAAGGCUAAGGCCAAAGCCAAGAACAGCACCAGCUCCGAUAAAAGCAGCAAGGCCAACAACACAGCCGAGGAGAAAGUCAUUCCUCCCACAGAGGAGAGCACAGACAAAAACAGUGAAAAAACUGAGGAGGUGCCUCCGGGUGAAGCCCCGCCGACUGAUGAGACUACAGCAGAGACAACAGACUCAGAUAGCCAAUCAGAGCCCACAGAGGAAUCGGCAACUACAGGACCAACGGCGAAGGCCAACUCUGAAAAUCACAUAGAAGAUGAAUUAUAACAGCUGGAACUGGGGGAAAAAAAAUAUUUCAGUAUAUUUAUUGACGGUGUAUAAAUGUUCAAGUUUCCUUCUCUCCCUCUUUUUUUUUUCUUUUGGUUUUUGGUUUGUUUUUAUGCCCCUGUUAAUACCGAACUCCUGGAAAAUGAUUGGAUAAGAUUGGAGACUACUCCUCAUCUCCUUUUUUCCCUUCCUGUGCUGUUCAUCUCUCUCCUCUCAUUGAUGCUGUAAGCAAGGAGCACUUAGAGACGAUGGGGAAACAGUUAAAUAGGUGAAGCCCGAGACUGCGUCUGUGCCAUGACAGAUGUAGGUUCAAGACAGAAUGCCCUCCCACAUUGAGUACAACUACUAAUGACUGCAUCGUUGCCCUGCAGAGAGAGAUGUGUGCAGCAUCUGUGCAUAAUGACGUAAGGAUAAGGACGUUUAACAAGGACCAGUGGUAAUACAUGUUGGUUUGUCACUCAUUAGCAUUGAAUUUUCUGCUUUAUCCUCUGUACUGUAUCUUCAGCCAUGGUUAGCUUUUGUGGGGUUUGUUAUUUGUCUAAAUACUUUUCAAGGCCUCUUAAGUAAAAGCAUUUUCUCUGGGUGCAAAAUGAUGACAGUCGGGGGUUGAAGGAUUAUCUGUGGACCCACAUUUCAGUGUCAGAGCUUCAAUCUAGAAUUCAUUCGGGCUUAUUCAGGAAGACUUUGAAGAGUUUUAGUUAAACAUUGAAUCAGAGAUGCAGUUUUUGUGCUCCAAAAUGCUCUAAAUGAAAAAGUCAAACAGUGCAAACAACCUCUCUAAAGCCUCCAAAUACGUAACUGCUUUGGAAAAAAAAAAAAAAAAACACCUUUAUCUAAAGUAAAGUCAGUUCAUUUGAAUGGAAAAGCAUCUUCAAUUCAGCAUAUCAAGAUAUAAACAUUAUAGAAAGCUAGCGGAGGGGCAACAACCGCAAUUCCUGAUCGGGCCUCUAACAAUAAACUUGACACGUAAAUGCUAGAUCUUUCGAUUGAUGCCAUCGGGUUAACCCUUUAAUGCCUGGAAUGGCGUCUGACAAAAAUGAAUUUGCCACAGUCUUUAAGGGACAGAUGCACUACCUCAGAGGUGGCAAUCAGUUUCAUGGAAGAUAGUAGUCGACAUUGAAGUGCUUGUACACAUGUGCAUCUUAAAAAAGAGAAGCGGACAGUGAAACCUCCUGCGCUGUUUGUCCCCAAACUUUUCAAGGUGUGUCGUUCUAGUGAUAUUUCACUUUUGCAUACAUUUCAAUUUUCAGUAUACCUAAUGGGACUUGUUUAGCUGUCAUCUUCCAAUAUCACAUAUUCAGCACCAGCAUUCAGGCUUUCUGGUCACUGAAAUAACAUAAACACAUCUGCACUUAAUGCAAAGAGGAACACGUGCAUAUUUAACCCGAAAGUGUUUGUUAUACCAAAAUGAAAUAUCACUUUAAUGACUGAGCAACCAAAUCAGGAUAACAUUUUAAAAAUAAAAAAAAAAAAAGGAAAAAAAGAAAACAAACUGGGCGCAACACGUCAGCUUUCCUUU